UUAGGGAGAGGUAAUAGGAGGGAGCAAUCUCAAUCUCUUCUCGUAGGGAGAAGCUAAUAAGGAAGUCAGGCCGGAAAGGCCAGCAAUAGGGAAAGGAAAUUCAACUUAAAAACUUGUGGUCGCGACUGUUUAAAAAAAAAAAAAAAGAGGCGGGGAUAGAAGGAGUAGGAAAAAUGGGGGAGAGGCAGGGGGAAAAGGGACUAGUAAAGGAAAACCAGAAGAGGAAGAAAGGAAGAGUGUGCUACGCAGGCUGCUGCUUCUCCUGUUCUUCCCCUCUCACUCCCUCCAAAGCCAGGAAAAGUUUGCAAGCGCAACAUUCGGGACGGGAGAGCGAGCUCUUCAUUCACAGACCCAGGAAGAGAAGCGCCCACCUCACCCUUCCCCAUUCGCGCCGCCUUGGGUUUCCCUCUCUCCGGAUGAUGGAGGGCAGCCGGCGCGACCCAGGGAGGCGGUAGCCCUGGCGGAUCCCCCGGAUCCCCCGCAGCUCGCUCGCUCUCCCGCAAAGCCACCCCUCCCUCCUCCAUCCUCCUCCCGGAAAGGAAAAAAGGAAAGGUCGAACCUCUAAACCGACCCCCCCCCCCCUUCCUGGGGGAGCUAACGCAGAAAGUACAGUUCUGUGAUUCACUGGAGAGAAAAGAGGGAGGAGGCAGCAAAGAACUCCGAGUGCCAAAACUAAGUAAGUUAGCUGACAAAACGCACGCAGCUUGCAGCGCCUCCGCCGGGUGCACCAACUCUGCGGAGACCAAGCGGGCUCGGUGUGGAGCGGCCACGGGGGCAGGGACCCCGCUGCGGUCCCCACGCGCUCCAGCGGCCCGGAGAAGAAAUCGCUGCCCGCAGUUCCUGCAAAGGAGGGGAGGUAGCGCCGGAGGGAGGUCAGGAAACGGCCUUCUCUCUCACUUCGCCGCCUGGUGAGUGUCGGGAAGAUUGACAAACGCCUUGGAGAGGACCGGGAGAAAGAGAGAGCCCUGUGAAAGUGCAGACGGUGAUCGGGCAGCCGGUCCGCUCCGGGCAGCGCCUCAUCUGCCCGGGUAAGAGCGAGGCGCGGCGGCUCAACUUCCCAGUGUUUUCCAGGUGAGGGGACCGCUGGACGGGCUGAUGACCCACCGCCAUCCGUGCGCGCGCCCUCGGGGGAGCCCCGCUCCCCAACGUUGAGAGCGCCCUGGAAAAUCCCCCGCCCAAGGGGAUUCUCCAUUCCUUAGUUGAAUUUUUUCUCCCAAGAACUUUUGGGUGGAGGUAUUAACUUUUUUUGUGGAAGCUGCUCUGGGGAGCGAGGAGGAGGAGGAGAAAGUGAAAUCUGAUGGAGAAGAGCGACUCCUUGCUUUCCCGACGGCCCAUCCCUUAAGCCAUCACUUCUAGAAGAUUCAAGUUGUGGGACGUGCUGAUCCUGAGAGGAGCGCAGGGCUUCUUUCCGGGUGGAGACCCUCCGCCGCCUGCUCGGUCCACCCCUCCCGCGUGCAUGUGUGCGCCGGCGGCGGCGCGGGGUGCGUGGUUCUGCGUGUCGAGUGUCAGCUGGGACCCGAGUGAAUGGCCCCCAGGGAAUGCGCGGGGCAUCCGCCUCCGCCGCCUCUGCAGGCCUGGGUCUGGCCGGGAAAGAUGCUAGCCAUGGGGGCGCUGGCAGGCUUCUGGGUCCUCAGCCUCCUCACCUAUGGUUACCUGUCCUGGGGCCAGGGCUUGGAGGACGAGGAGGAAGCGGCCUUCCGAGCUCAAGCUGGAGAAAGGCCGGAGCCCAGCACAGCCUCCACCUCCCAGCCCCAUCUCAUUUUCAUCCUAGCCGAUGAUCAGGGAUUUAGAGAUGUGGGUUACCACGGAUCGGAGAUAAAGACUCCCACUCUUGACAAACUUGCUGCUGAAGGAGUUAAACUGGAGAACUACUAUGUCCAGCCUAUUUGCACACCGUCCAGGAGUCAGUUUAUUACUGGAAAGUAUCAGAUACACACCGGACUUCAGCAUUCUAUCAUAAGACCCACCCAACCCAACUGCUUACCUCUGGACAAUGCAACUCUACCUCAGAAGCUGAAGGAGGUUGGAUAUUCAACACACAUGGUUGGAAAAUGGCACUUGGGUUUUUACAGGAAAGAAUGCAUGCCCACCAAGAGAGGAUUUGAUACCUUUUUUGGUUCCCUCUUGGGAAGUGGUGAUUACUAUACACACUACAAAUGUGACAGUCCCGGGAUGUGUGGCUAUGACUUGUAUGAAAAUGACAAUGCUGCCUGGGACUAUGACAAUGGCAUUUACUCCACACAGAUGUACACUCAGAGAGUACAGCAAAUCUUAGCUUCCCAUGACCCCAGAAAGCCUAUAUUUUUAUAUAUUGCCUACCAAGCUGUUCACUCACCGCUGCAAGCCCCUAGCAGGUAUUUUGAACACUACAGAUCCAUCGUCAACAUAAACAGGCGGAGGUAUGCUGCCAUGCUUUCCUGCUUAGAUGAAGCAAUCAACAAUGUGACCCUGGCUCUAAAGACAUAUGGUUUCUACAACAACAGCAUUAUCAUCUACUCUUCAGAUAAUGGCGGUCAACCCACUGCAGGAGGAAGUAACUGGCCUCUCAGAGGCAGCAAAGGAACAUACUGGGAAGGGGGGAUCCGGGCUGUUGGCUUCGUGCAUAGCCCACUUCUGAAAAACAAGGGAACGGUGUGUAAGGAGCUUGUGCACAUCACUGACUGGUACCCUACUCUGAUUUCACUGGCCGAAGGACAGAUUGAUGAGGACAUUCAACUGGAUGGCUAUGAUAUCUGGGAGACCAUAAGCGAAGGCCUUCGUUCUCCCCGGGUGGAUAUUUUGCACAACAUUGACCCCAUUUAUACCAAGGCGAAAAAUGGCUCUUUGGCGGCAGGCUAUGGGAUCUGGAACACUGCGAUCCAGUCAGCCAUCAGGGUGCAGCACUGGAAACUGCUUACAGGAAACCCUGGGUACAGUGACUGGGUUCCCCCUCAGUCUUUCAGCAACCUGGGGCCAAAUCGGUGGCACAACGAACGGAUUACCUUGUCCACUGGCAAAAGUGUAUGGCUUUUCAACAUCACAGCUGACCCAUAUGAGAGAGUGGAUCUAUCUAACCGAUAUCCUGGAAUCGUGAAGAAGCUCCUGCGGAGGCUCUCACAGUACAACAAAACUGCAGUGCCCGUCAGGUACCCCCCCAAAGACCCCAGAAGUAACCCUCGGCUCAAUGGAGGAGUUUGGGGACCAUGGUAUAAAGAGGAAAACAAGAAGAAGAAACCAAGCAAAAAGAAGGCUGAGAAAAAGCAGAAGAAAAGUAAGACAAAGAAGAAAAAGCAGAAAACAGGCUUCUUUCUAAAUUGCCCUUCAGGUGUUACUCGAGGAUAAGUACCAAUUUUUGACUGUCUGGGUAAACUUAUGUCAAUUCGUUCACCUGUUUUCUAGGGAAACAAGCAAAUUAGGCUCCAUAAUAUCACUGCCAUAAGCAUCAGACUUUUCAUGCUGUGCCACUCCAGAGACUUCUGCCACGUGGUUGCCACAUGGAAAACCGUUCUUGGUGCCAAAGGUGCUACUCUUGUGAGCCACACUUGUGAGGAGAAUGGAGAUGCUUAUUUCUCUUGCUCCUUUAUAGAAGGUGGUCAGGAAUGAGUUCAACUGCUGUGCCUCAGUCCGUUGACCAAGCACUAGGCUUUAAAUCAUUACAAGGGACAAUAACCUGCAAUCGAUGAACAUGCUAAUUGGAUGGGUAUUUACAGGGUAGUGUGAUUAAAAACUACCUUUGAUAAAAUAUAAAGACUGCCUCACCUCGAAGGCCUUGAAAAAUACAUUUUCUUAGUGAAUUUUUGUAUCUCUAUCAUAUGACACUUGAGUUUUUAAAUUAACUCUAUUUCAUGUAUCAUUUCCUUUCCUGUGAAAAUAAGCUGUUUUUCUCACGUGUGAGCAGCUUGCACCUCAUUUGAUCAUGCAUGAGAGAAUGGCAGAUAAGAAUGUUCGAGCACCAUGCCAAAACAUGAAUGUAACGAUUUUCUAAACACUUUAAUAGAAAGACAUUUCAGCAUAAAGUAUGUAAUUUAUUUUUACAGAAAAAAUAUUAAUUAUUUUGUUUUCAUAAAAGUUAUGCAAAUGAUUUUUAAUUAUUUUAUUUUUAUUUUCUACAUACCAUUAGAAGAAUUUUAUUUCAUAUCUUCAAGAUUAACAAGCACUGUAAUACUAUGUUACUGUAAUACUGUGUGAAUUAUAGACUAUAAAACGAAAAUCAUUCAGAAAAAAGGGUAAUCAUUAUUGUUUGACCAUUAUUUUGAAUGUAAUAAGAUGAAUAUAUUCCUUACAAAUUACUUGGAAAUUCAGUGUUUGUACAGAAUUGAGAGACAACUUUAUUGUUUCUAUCAUAAACACUUUAUUUAUGUAUCUUAAUUAUUAAAAUGACUUAUUUUAUGGCACUAGCAAAUUUAGUGUGGCUUUUCUGAUCUAACUUCUAGAUAAAAUUGUAUUAUUCAUCUUAACAAACAAAACUCUUCACAAAUAGGCAACUGAAGGUAUGAUUUGCUAACAACCAUAGUAAUAUAACAUGGAGUUUGCAAAUAAGAGAUGUUUCCACUUAGCUAUUACAUGGAGAAAGAUGUUCUCUUGUUAAUAAAUAACAUUUCUAAUGAUCCUACUCUUUAACAAAGUGGACAUGGUGGGGAGAUACAGAGAGAAGAAGAUAUGGAUCCCACUUGGGGCAGUUAAAAGUCCAGUCUGGAACUCACACAUGCAAACAUGGUGAGGAGGAUUAAAAGAGUGAGAUUUGUAAUGACAGGUGUCAUGGGUCAUCAAGGAGGAUAGAUGGAUGUGGUUCGCGCCGCCCUGGCGUUUUCUUUAAAGUGCCCUCUCCUAACUCAGAGGCCUCUAAGCUCAUAGUUUACCCUUGAAAACUCACAGAGACCAGGAGCUGUGGCAUGUGAAGUGACACCUGUGAUAACAAAAUGUGUGUGGCAGCAUUCUGUUAGAUACGUUUGUAUCAGAAUUCGCAGGACUGCCUCUCACAGUUUAUAGAAAUCUAUACAAGAAUCUAUAGACCAUACUGAAAUUACUAACAUGGACAAAAUGAUAAAAAAUUGUAAUUUUAACAUUUCACUUCUAGACUAUAUCUUUCCAUUCAUUAUAUAGGAUAAAGUACUGCAUCUUGAGUUUGUGUUUUGUUGACUGUAUAUUUAAAUAGCCUUAAAAAUCAAAGGCUUAUUGUCAGUGUUGUUUUUCCUUUCUUAGUGGCACAUAGAAUAAUGAUGUGGCUACAAUAGAUGGUAUCUUAUAAUUCAAAAAAUAGAGUUACCAUUACAUUACAAAAGAGUUCUGAGGAAAAAUAAGUUUGGGAAAUGUGGAAUUAAAGGGGUCACUCUAACGCAGACUUUCUUAGAGUUUUGAAAAUCCUAGUUUGCCUUGUAAGUCUCUAACAGAAGGAAAUUUUUAGAUGGUAUUUUCCAGUUUAUUUCAUCAUGAAACCCUUCUUUAUAGCUCAUUGCACAGGACUAGGGUUCUGUGGAAGUGACUUUGAAAAUUGCUGGUGUAAAUGUAGAAUCUUCUAGAAGUCUCAGCAAGACAAAAAAGGAGCAAAGAGGCAAAUUAGGAUUAUGAAAAUUAACUCACAUUUGAACACAGUAGGCAUUAUGUAAUAUGCUGUGAUUUUUAAAUUCUCUAUAAAUGACCAUAGCUUUCUCGAUGAAAAUAAAUUAGCCCACAGCCUUUACCUGGAAGUGGCUUCACGGAUGUUGUUCACUGUUUCAAAAAGAAUACCUGCCACCUGCACAUGAUGCUGGGUAGACUGCGAUUUGAGAGAGGUGUGUGUCUUGCCCUUGUGAAACUGAGAUCUAACUCAGUAGUCAUGUAUAAAUAACGAACAAGAAUGUUUCCAAAAUGCUGUCAGCAAAUGACUAGGUUUUUCAAGAUGUCCAGGAAGGAAAAUACUGUGCACUCGACGUUUACGCCCUGAUCAUUAAAACUAUGUGAAUAUUGGGCAUUUAUCCUCAGGUGUCAUUCUCCUAAACUGUGAUUCUCAGGCUGCAUUUCUAGAGCUGUCUGUGGCUCUUUCCAGUGUAAAAUGCACCUCUUUUAAAACCUCUGAUCCUUUUGUUAUGGUAACAAAGGAAACUUCUGGAUUGAAAAAUAAGUAUCCCAUUUGCUUUGUCAGAAAAUAACUUGUGGAUAGGACUAUGUGUCUUGGAAGAGAAAGGAUAUAAAACAUUUUAUUCAAAUAAAAAACAAACCAACAAAACUUUGCAGUGCCUUUCGGUGGCCGAAAACAGGCACCCAGGUCUGUCAGACCUGUCUAAACGACUUGUUUCAUCUGUACUUACACACUCUUUCAUUGCUUCUUUAAAAAUUGAGUAAAUGUUACAGUUCUCUUGACCAGGUCUCUUUAAAAAUUUUUAAGAAUAGAGGAGAAACUGUGCCAUUGAUAGUCGAUAAAGUAUACAGUUAGUACAUUUCAAUAUUUGAUAUUUCAAGAUACAUGAAUUUGGCAUCAGGAAUAACUUCCUAAGCAUUUUAUUCAUGGGAGAAUUGAGCACACAAAUUGUGAAUUUGUCAGUAGCAAUCAGAAAGUGUGUUGUUGGCAGGAAUAAGCUGGCUUGUCAAAAGUAGCAAAUAAAAUUCCUAUGUUAUAAAUUAAUAACUUCAUUGUUCCCUCUUAGGGAAAAUUACUUAUUAAAAUUCAUUAAUUCAUUCAACAAAUAAUUAUUAAAUCCUAGUACUUGUCAGGCCAUGUUCCAGAUGCUUGGGAUGCAUCAAUGAACAAAAUAGAUAAAAAUUCUUACCCAUGUGCAGGUUGUGUGCUAGCUGAGUUAGGCAGACAGUAAAUAGUCAACGUAACUAAUUAGUGCAUUAUAUACACUAUAAAAUAGCAUGAGGGAGAAAGAGUAGAUCAGGGUAAGAGGAGGACUCAUUCAAGGCCAAGUGUAUCCAUCCACUCAUUCAACGUUUAUUAAGUGCCACAUGUAAUGACACACGCUGGAUAUGGUGACAGGUAACAUGGAACAGGGUCCUGCCUUCAGGUCGUGUACAUCCCCUGGGGGACACAGCCACAAAUCAAUAACCAAACACCCUCCUCUCCCCCACCUUUCUUUCCUCCUUGAUCUUUCUCCACAGCACUAUAUUUCAUAUUUCAUUUACACACUUUCUUGAUUCUGUCGCCAGAGGAUAGGCUUCUUCAGAAAAGUGAUUCAUGUCUGCUGUUUACAUCUGCAUUGCCAGGAUAUACAACAACGCCUGGCUCAUAGUCAACCCUUGAUAUAUAUUGGUUGAAUGAAUAAAUAAAAUAAUAACAUAAAAUAAAAUAUCCAUAUAUUCAGAUAUUUGCCGGAUUUCCAUUUUCCAUAUCUUACAUAAGAUUUCACAGUUGAAAAUAGAAUUAAUCAUCCUUAGUAACUUUCUUCAUAAUAAUAGGAAUGAUGUGAAAUGCAGACAUUUCUAACACUAUAAAAAAUGUCUAAUAAUUUAUAGUUAUAGGAACAGAAUGUUAUAGCAAAAGCCAAGUAAAAAUCACACAAAAUUAAGAGCAAAUUUUAUCUAUACAAACUUUAUUGCCCAACAGGGUAGAACACGAUUAUUCUAACACUGCUUUGAAUACUACAGAAUACAUUCACUUAAAUGAGAGUUUCCAGAAAGGAGAGAUGGAGGCUUAAAUUGUGAAUAAUUCUUUGUAGCAAGUUGUGAAAGGGAAAAAUAUAAAUAGCAAAUAAACCUCUGUCUUCAUAGAAUUAUGAAGCCACAUGGACUGCACCUCACAUGCUUGGGUAUUUUAUUACAAAGCUCUCCCACUUGGCAGGCAGGAAUUCUGCUUCUUUAAAGAUACGACUUUCUUAAGCAUUUUAUUGGUUGUAGCAUCUCCGUGAAGUCCAUUGAUUUGUCAGCUCUGGCAUUAUUAAACACAGGACAGCAGAAUGUGGUCCUUGGGGGUUAGGCAGACAAACAUAUUUACCUGAGGUUCCAUUUCACAUCUAUGAUUUGAAAUUUCCUUCCUCUCAAAUUUGCUACAAUCCCAUAAUAUUCUUGGUCAACUGAUUUAUGCUAUUUUGUGUAAAAUCAAUCCCAACAAUUGAAAAUGAGCAAGAGAAUAGGCUCAUUGGAAAUGUUGAAAUAUUCACUCUUGGCAAAAACUCUGUAGCUGAUCAUUAUAAAAGAGGAACAUCUUAUGUCAUGAAUCAAAGUAAAAUUUGUCCUUCAGAAUAAAAAUCCAAAAACAAUUUUCAAUAUGACAUAUUAAUCUCUCUA